AUGGAGGUCCCAGCGCCGUUAAUGAAUGGAUCUAUCACUUAUCUCGUCAUGACACUACUCGCCUGCUUUGCUGGUAUUGGAAUGGGCGUAACAGGCAAAAUGAGUCGCGAAAACUCGUCAAUUUUUACUCUGCUGGCCUGUAUGACCGGUAUCUGUCUAUGGAUGUUUUGGGCAUGCUGCUGGCUGCAUCAAUGGCACAUUCUGGUAGUUCCCACAUAUGGCGCAGAGUAG